CGACCUCGUGCAAAACCACGCAGCAGGUUCUCAACGCUGGGAGAUUAUUAUCUUCGCAGUCGCUUAUUAGAUUUACUGUCGGUGUGGACCACGCAACAAGUCCAUCAUGUCGGUCAAUCCGGGGACUCUCCGAGGCACGCCGAAUCGCGGCCAGUCGCGCGGUGCCAUCCCCUUCGCGGGCAGCCCGGCGACGUCCGCGAUUCCGAGGCCGGUCCACGAAAACUCGCCAGCUGCUGGUAGCGAUGCCGGCACCUCCUCGGUCAGCGCCAGCCGGCAGAAACAGUCCAAGAGGGACGAGGCCAUCCGCCGCAAGAUGGAGAGCGACCUCUCCAAGAAAAAGCAUCUCACGACCCGAGCCCGGCAAUCGCGAAAGGCCCCUCCGGGCACCGUUCUCGCCCUGAAGCCGAGCCAGGCGCUGCAGAUCAAGCCGACGACUUCGGUUGCCGAGGCCGCGCAGCUCAUGGCUGCCAAGCGCGAAGACUGCGUGCUGGUCACCGACGACGAUGAGCGGAUUGCCGGCAUUUUCACCGCCAAGGACCUGGCCUUCCGUGUUGUCGGUGCCGGCUUGAAGGCGAACAACGUCACUAUCGCCGAGAUCAUGACCAAGAACCCUCUGUGCGCCCGGACCGACACGAGCGCUACUGAUGCGCUGGACCUGAUGGUCCGCAAGGGCUUCCGCCAUCUGCCGGUCAUGGACGAGAACCAGGACAUUUCGGGCGUGCUCGACAUCACCAAGUGCUUCUACGACGCUAUGGAGAAGCUGGAACGCGCCUACGCCUCGUCUCGACGGCUCUAUGACGCUCUCGAGGGCGUGCAGUCCGAACUCGGCACCAGCCAGCCGCAGCAGAUCAUUCAGUAUGUGGAAGCGUUGCGCUCCAAGAUGUCGGGUCCGACUCUGGAAUCUGUCUUGAACGGCACGCCGCCGACGACGGUGAGCGUCCGCACGUCGGUAAGGGAGGCCGCGCAGUUGAUGAAGGAGAAUCACACCACGGCGGUCCUCGUCCAGGAUCAGGGGGCUAUUACGGGUAUCUUCACCAGCAAGGACGUCGUCCUGCGUGUGAUCGCGCCGGGCCUCGAUCCCGCCACCUGCAGCGUCGUCCGCGUCAUGACGCCGCAUCCCGACUUUGCGCCUAUGGACAUGAGCAUCCAGGCGGCACUGCGCAAGAUGCAUGAUGGUCACUACCUGAACCUGCCGGUCAUGAACGACAGCGGCGAGAUCGUCGGUAUGGUCGACGUCCUCAAGCUCACCUACGCGACGCUCGAGCAGAUCAACAGCAUGAACUCCGCCGACAGCGAAGGCCCUGCGUGGAACAAGUUCUGGCUGUCCCUCGACCACGAGACCGAAUCCAUGGUCUCGGGCGACGGCUCUCAUCAUCACACCCACGGGGGGCCCAGGUCGCUGGUGUCGCCCGACGUUUCCCGCAGCGAGCGCCUCGUCACCGACAGUGUCGCACCGGGCGACUCUGCAAGCCACGCGGGCCUCGAGUCGCCGCACCACAGCGCCGUGGGUGUCUCGCCGGAGCUUCCGCCUAGCGAGAUCCCGUUCCCGUUCAAGUUCAAGGCGCCCAGCGGCCGCGUGCACCGCCUGCAGGUCAUUGCUGCGCACGGCAUGGCCGAGUUCGUCGCCAACGUCGCUGCCAAGCUCGGGUCCGAAGUCGACGCAAUUGGCGGCGCUCCGGUGCUCGAGGAUGGCAAGCUGUCCGGCGGAUUUGCGCUGAGCUACUUGGACGACGAGGGGGAUUCCGUGUCCAUCACUACGGACCAAGACCUGUUGGAGGCUAUUGUUCUCGCGCGCCACGGCCACCGCGAGAAGGUCGACCUCUUUGUGCACGACCCUAAGGAGCCUCCCGUGGCGCCAGCCCCCGCGCCAGCCCCCGCGCCGGAACCGGCGGUGCUGCCGACCCCGCCGGCGUCCUCCGUGGUCCGGGAGCGCAGGAAGCCUCUUGGCGGCGACGACGCGGAGGAGGACGGCGAAGAGUCCGAGGAGGACGAGAGCCCUGCCCGGCGGAGCAGGCAUCUGCGCACCCGCACCCACUAUCAGCAGCCUGAGCAGGUCAUCGCGGGCGUCCCCAACGAGCUCCUCCUUCCCGGUGCCAUUGCGAUGCUGGCGGUGGUGAUCGUCGGCCGCCGGGCCCUGGCCGCACCGAUCAGCCGAUCAUGUCUCCGAAGCCUCUCGAAUUCCGCAUCCAGGACGACGGCGGCGCCAACCACACUCGCUGAACCCCCCGCACCUUCUGCCACGACAACGGCACCACUCAACACUUAUGGCACUGCUACUGCCAAGGCCGCCGCGCGGCAGGCCGAGCUCGCCCAGAUCCCCGCCAACUUCGCCGCGAUGCAGCACCAGCGCGAGCACACGCGCACGGUCGGCUCGCGCGUCGAGUCGCGCUACCACCCGGACCAGAUGCUCCUCGACCCGCCGCACGACGUCACACUCGAGAUGCUCAUGGCCGCCCAGGCGCACAUGGGCCACCACGUGUCGCAGUGGAACCCGGGGACGCAACGGUACAUCUACGGCGAGCGCGCCGGCAUCCACAUCAUCAGCCUGGAGACGACCGCGGCCCACCUGCGCCGCGCCGCCCGCGUCGUCGAGGAGGUGGCCUACCUCGGCGGCCUGAUCCUGUUCGUGGGCAACCGCAAGGGCCAGGUGCACGCCGUGGUCCGGGCCGCCGAGCUGGCCCGGGGGUGCCACCUGUUCCAGAAGUGGACGCCGGGUGCCAUCACGAACCGCGACGUGAUCCUGGCGAGCGCCCGGCUGAAGAUCGUGGGCGAGCGGGACCAGGAGCUGCCCGGGUUCGAAGAGCACCUGCGCGAUCGCCGGCCCAUCUUGCCGGACCUGGUCGUCUGCCUCAACCCGCUCGAGAACUACGUGCUGCUGCACGAGUGCUCGCAGGCCAGCAUCCCGACCAUUGGCAUCAUCGACACGGAUGCCGACCCGACGUGGGUGACAUACCAGAUUCCGGCCAAUGACGACAGUUUACGGGCUGUCACGCUCAUUGCAGGCGUCCUGGGCAGAGCGGGCGAGCGGGGACAACAACGAAGGUUGGCUGCUGCAAAUGAAGGCAUCGUGACCUGGCGGAACCCUGAUGAGGUCGCGUUGUUCAUCCAGAAGGACGCCGACCGAAAGCUUACGGCAGCCAAGGCCGCCGCCGAGGAGGCAAUGGCCACGGGAGAGUUGGACGAGAAGCCCCUGCAGCGAGAGGAUUUCUUGACAGACGACGAACUUCUGCGGGAGAUGUACGAGAACCCUCUUCUGGCCCCCCCAAGCGAUUGAGAAACCGGUCUGGUUUCGCCUGUACUGUAUGUACCAUACUUCUACCUAGCCGCCAUAGACGUGAUCCGUUGUCAGAAUACCGAUGUAUAUUGCGCAC